AUGUAUUCACCAAACCAUAAACAACUGUCACACAUCUGUUCACACAAAAAUCUAUUCACCCAAACAUCCGUUCACCCAAGCAUAUAUUUACCCAAGCAUCUAUUCACCAAGCAUCUAUUCACCAAGCAUCUAUUCACCCAAGCAUCUAUUAAACCAAACAUCUGUACGCCAAAAAAACUGUCAAUCAAAUAUCUAUUCACCCAAGCUUCUGUUCACCCAAACAUCUGUUCAUCCAAAAAUCUGUUCUGCCGAGCAUCUAUUCACCCAGACAUGAGUUCACCCAAAGAUAUGUUCAUCCAAGCAUCAAUUCAACCAAACAUCUCCUUUUUCUUUCUUUCACAUUCAUUUCAUAUCUAUCUAUCUAUCUAUCUGUCUAUCUAUCUAUCUAUCUAUCUAUCUAUCACUGUUAUUGCUUGUCUAUGCGCUGACGAUUAUGCUAACGUCAACUUGUGUAAGCCACUUUGUGAAAAGUGUAUUUAUUUAUUUCCAAAUAUUCAUGUGAUAGAGACGAGCCAGACAGCCCAAUGGGUAAAGUCUUGA